CUCUUUCUCUCUCUCUCUCUCUCACUCUCACUCUCACUCUCUUUCUCUCUCUCUCUCUCUCUCUCUCUCUCUCUCUCUCCCUCUCUCUCGCUCUCGCUCUUUCGCUCUGACCUCUUCUCCUCCUCCUUUCGAACAGAAAGAAGUGUUUAGAUAUCGGCAGUGUGUCGUCGAGUAGAGGAAAAAGUGUCGUCGGGGUGGUUUAGGGUGUAAGUGUGAUGUGGUGGAGGCCCCCGUCGAGUCGCGGGGGCAGGAGGUUGUCAGAGGCAGAUCGGUCGUGAGGGCUCCAGGCACGGCUCGGUUGGCCCGUGGCGAGCUCGCUGGAGGGGCGGGGGAGGAGGAGGUAGGAUGGUGUGACCUCCGGCGUCAUCCCGCCCGACGCGGAGCUGCUGCUGGAGGUGGCGGGGGAGGAGGCGUCGGAGGUGGUGCUGGCGGCGGCGACGACGACGACGGUGGAGGUCGAGGAGGAGGUGGAGGAGGAGGAGGAGGAGGAGGAGGUGGUGUUGGAGGAGUCGAGCAGCUGCUGCUCGACUCGGAGGAGGAGGAGCCCACGGCGAUGUCGAGGCAGCCUCGCGGUGAACGGGACCACGUGAGCCGCUGCGACCAGCGAGAACCUCGCGACCUACGCGACUUCCGCGACCUCAGGGACCUCAGGGACGUAAGGGAUGUAAGAGACGUUAGAGAGACUUACGCUACCGGCGUUAGGCAUCAUCGUGACGAUUACGAGAACGAUCAUCAUCCUACUGAUCGAAGCAUCGCUGCCUCUACUUCGGCUUUACCCAAUAAACCGGAUAGAUCGAAAGGGAGGACUACGGUGCAGGAGGAUCGAAACGAUCUGCAAUUAGUGAAUCUGUGCGUACCUUCGAGAUCGGCGAUCGUCGAUCAAGAAGAAGGAUUCACGAGAAACCCUCGGAAAUGGAGCCAGUCUCUUGGAGAAACGAUUUUUUUCACAGAUAAAACUUCAUUUGUCUCUCUCUCUCUCUAUCUCUAUCUUGUUUUAAGUAGUUUCACUUAAUUGCAUUAUUCAGAA